GUGCCUCUCUCACUUCAUUUCCGCUCCUCCUGUAGAGAGAGAAGUCACAAUCAAACCGUCCUCCUUCUAAACAUAUGGCCAAAACAGCCGCCUUUCUUUCUUUCGUCGUUGUGUCCACUACUCUUUAAAAAUUCCGCCGAAAAAGAGAAGACGAUUUUCCAAAACAUUCAAGCCGUUAUCUCACGGCUCCCCCAUUACAGCACCAGUGUAUGAGCGCUUCUCGGAGGGCCUAGGGGCGGCCCUUUACCGGGAGCACUUUGACUUCAACGCUGAGCCACCUUGGGAUCCUAGCUGAUAGCGGGACAGGUCCAUCUCCUGACUUGUCCAUUUUGUUGCAUACCGGCAGGACCCAUUGGCUCAGUCGUGACCCUUUGAUUUGUUAUCUUUUCCUAUGAUUGUUGGCUUUGCGGAAUACGGUUGAGAUGAAAGGACUCACAGACAACCCCAGCUACAUCAUUGAACUAAUGGAGGGGGGAGUGACACUUGAAGAUGUCAUUGAUGGACACAUCUACGAGCAAGCUUUGGCUGAGAAGAAUGCGUUUGUAGUGGCGGACAUUGGUGCCCUAAUGCGACAGCAUGUGUGCUGGCAAAGCACUGUGCCAUAUCUACAGCCAUACUUUCCAGUCAAGUGCAACAGCAAUCCUUUAGUGAUUGAGGUGUUGGCUUCUUUGGGACUUGGCUUUGUAUGUGCUAACAAGGGUGAAGUGAACUUGGUAUUGGAGAAUGGUGUCCCACCAGAGAAUAUUAUUCUAUCUGGUGUUUGCAAGCAGCUGGCCCACAUCAAACAUGCAGCCAAGAACAACGUACAGCUCCUUGUUUGUGAAAAUGAAACCGAAUUGGCCAAGAUUUCUCGACUCCAUCCUGGUGCAAAAUUACUGGUGCAGUUGACUACAGACGCUCAUGCAGCAGAAACCAGCAUGGCUUUUGGUUCUUCUUUGAAGAGCUGUCGCCAUCUUUUAGAAGCAGCGAAGGAACUGGGUGUCCAGGUGGUUGGGGUCACAUUUCAUAUUCCCACCUCAUGCCAAGAUGCACAGGAGGCCUACACCCAUGCGCUGUCUGACGCCCGCUGUGUGUUUGACAUGGGGGAGGAGCUUGGCUUCAGCAUGGACAUCCUGGACAUUGGUGGAGGUUUCAGUGGUUCUGAGUUUCAGCUCAAACAGGUUGAGUCUACAAUUAGGCCGCUAUUGGAUGCUUACUUUCCUCCACUGUCUGGGGUGCAAGUGCUUGCCGAGCCAGGCAGUUUUUAUGUUGCUUCUGCUUUAAGUCUGGCAGUUAAUGUCAUUGGCAAAAAGUUAGCAACUUCUCCCUGGGAUGGUCUAGCUCAAGGAGAGAAUGAUAAUACAGAGUUCCUGUAUUAUAUGAAUGAAGGUGUUUAUGGUUCAUUCAGCCCGAAGCUGCUGGGAAACACAAUUGCUGCCCCAACUGUGCACAAGCAUUCACCGUGUGCUGAAGAAGCAGUGUAUCCCUCCAGCCUGUGGGGCCCCUCUCUGGACCAGUUAGACCAAGUGGUGGAGCGCUGCUUGCUGCCUGAGCUGUUUGUGGGGGACUGGCUCAUCUUCUCCAACAUGGGCGCCUUUGGUUUGGAUGACUCCACCUGGCUGUCCAGCUCUUCUCAGCUGCCUGUGUUCUACACAGUGUCCAUCUCUGACUGGGAUGACCUGCAGGAGGCUGGUGUUUCGUUGGACAAUGCCAAGAUGUUCACCAUGCACCAGUACAGUGCGUAAAUGCGGCUUACUACCCCUGUCCUGUCUAAUGUUGCACAGACCUCCAUCACAAGAGGGGUCAACGUGGUGUUUUUAGGACGAGGGUCACAAAGUGGUCAACAUUCCAACCACCUCGGAAAGUGUUAUGUCAUACAAAUUCCUCACUAAUUGAACUUAGAAGUAAAUUAUCCAUUUACAGAAUGUGGUACCUCAAGAAUAUAUAAUUUUACUCCUUUCCUCUGAUUUACUUCUUGUUGUAGAUAUAACCUUCUCAAAACAUGCAACAAAAUGGAUGACUCUUUAGAGAUGGUAUUUUUUGUUUCCUAUCUCAGAUUCAGUUUACAAUGUGCACAAUUAAUUUAAACCAAUUGCUUUAAUUAUUAACUGUUUUACAGUCUUGUAAACCCUGUCUUGAACACAUCAGUUUUGUCUAGAUUUUUUGAAGCGUUAGAUGAAGUGUCUUCAUACAGCAGACCCUAUUUGCAUUGUAUAAAAGUUAAUGCAUUUCAUAAUUUAUUUGUUGUUGCAUUUGACCUCUUUGCAAUAUAUUUAUUUGAUAGUUUUGAUGACCAAUUUCUUCAGAACUAGAGAUAUUUAGGCCAGGUGUUGUACUGUGGCCCUACAGUGUUCCUGAAUCCUGACAGAAUGUGUUAUUUAAAAACUAUAUGAAUUAAAGGUAUUGUAAUUGACAUUUGUGGCCGCUGCCUCUCCAUUUAUUUGUAAGGCAUGAAGGAUAAUUUAUAGGAGUCAGUAGUAAUUUAUUCAAAUCCAAUCUGCUUUUGUCAGAAAUUGUAAGUAAAAUAAAAUAUCCUGCUGCAAUGCUACAAUCAUUGAAUUAGAUUGGUCUGAAGGGAAAAAAGUGCAUCCAUUGAACCUGGAAAAAAAGCAUGUGGCUUAAUUGGUACAUUAACCAAAAACGUCAAGCUGUACGCACCCAUUUGCACUGCCUCAUCUUUCCUCAUGCCUUCCAAUUGUAAUGAGGGAGGAAAGGUUUAUGUAAUGCAAUAUUCUGUUUAGAAACAUCUACAGCUUCUUUAAAUCCUGUCCUUGUGUGACUAAAUACUGAUGUAUUAAUGACUUGCUCAAAGGCACUAAUGGACCAUACCCGGUUUUGACUGUAAAUUGUACUUGUUAAAGUAAUAAUUGAUAAUUUAAUACAUUUCUGACUGAAACAA